AGGGCCGAAAAAAAAAGAGGAUAUCCCCUGGCUUUGAAAAAAGCAACGAUUUCCCGAGGUUCACUGCAGACUAAACAUCCCCGGGUCGACCAUCGGCGACGAUCAGGCCACGAAGCGACCGAGGGAUGUCUGAGGAGGCCGUGCGCCAGACGCGCAGCCAGAAGAGGGCGCUGGAUAAGGAUUCUGACCCCCAGUCUUUAGAAUCCUCCGAUGCUGAAAAUGACAGCAAAAAGCCUAAACUGGACCCAUCAGAACCCACAGCACAGGCUGAAACUGCACCAAACCCUGACCCUCUCAUGGUGCAGGAUGGUCAGAGCCGGACUAGCACCGGAUCAGAGGACGAGCAAGAGCGAGAGCAAGAGCCGAGCAGCUUGCCUUUACCUUUGCCUUUAGUGUUACCAUCGGCCUCCCAGCCGGUUAAAGAUGAUGAGGAGACAACCCAGACCCAGGAGGUGGCGGAACCCAGCGUUGACAAUCGGAUGGACUGCAAUGAUAAAGCCAGCAGGACGGAGCCAGCUAUAGAUACGAAGAACCGGACUCGACCGACAGAGCCAAAGGCGUCAGGUGGCAUGCUGGCUGCGGGCGAGGUGAAGGCCACCAUUAAAGUGGAAGUUCAGAUGGGGGAGCAGCCUGUGGAUAUGAGCACGUCAAAGGGCAGUAUAAAAAGGGAGAAACGCCCUCCGUCCCCUGAAGAUGAUGAUGAUGAUGUCAUCAUCCUGUCAGAUAAUGACUCCCCGAGUCCUCCGAGGAACGGCCUGAGCCACUUUAAGGAGCUGGACACCGACUUUCUCAUGAAGAGCAGCCCUGAGGAGAGGGAGCGAAUCAUCAAGCAGCUGAAGGAAGAGCUGAGGCUGGAGGAGGCCAAGUUGGUUUUGCUGAAGAAACUCCGACAGAGCCAAAUACAGAGGGACACUCUCCAGAAGCCGUCGGGUCUGUCUGGCUCCUCUGCUCCUCCUCCUCUUAUACGAGGGACCAUUGCAAGCAGUAAAGGCUCCCAGCAGAUUUUGACGGGCAGGAGUUCAGGCACGGUCAUUCCUCCGCCAUUGGUAAGAGGAGGGCAGCAGAUCUCGUCCAAACAUGGCUCCCAGAUCAUCAUGCCGCCUCUGGUCAGAGGGGCGCAGCAGAUCCAGGCUCUCCGCCAGCACCAGCAGCAGCAGCUGUCUGCCUCCGGGGGCUCGGGCUCAGGACCCCCUCCUCUGCUUCUGGGCUCCAGGAACUCAGCCCCUACAGCCCAGGGCCAGAGAGGGAUGAUGCAGUCAGGCCUCAUCAGAGUUGGAAAUAGUGGUAACAUGAUGAUGUCACAAUCCAGUUUGAAGGGCUCCUCCUCAGGAAGCAGCGGUUUGUCUGGAGUCAACGACUCUCCAGCCAGCCGCCAAGCUGCAGCUAAACUCGCCCUGAGAAAGCAACUGGAGAAGACCCUCCUGGAGAUCCCCCCGCCCAAGCCCCCUGCCCCAGAGUUCAACUUCCUGCCUUCAGCAGCCAAUAAUGAGUUCAUCUACCUGGUGGGACUGGAGGAUGUGGUACAGAAUCUGCUGGAUACCAUACACAGAGGGAAGACAGGUGUAGCACUGUCCAAGGCCAUUAGCAAAGACCCCCUCAUCUGCACUCAGUGCAACACUGACUUCACCUGUCGCUGGAGGCACGACAAGACUAAAGUGCUUUGUGAGGACUGCAUGUCGUCCAAUCAGAAAAAGGCUCUAAAAGCCGAGCACACCAGUCGGCUGAAAGCUGCGUUUGUCAAAGCGCUGCAACAGGAGCAGGAAAUCGAGCAGCGAAUCUUCCAGCAGACGUCGUCAGGGUCCCACGGUGGCUCCUCAUCCUCUUCAUCACUGAAGGCAGAGCAGCUGAUGUCUCAGCAACUGAAGCAGGCUCAUGCCAGAGCGUCCUCCCUCCAGCACCACCACCAGGCCAGCCGAGCAGCCAACAUCCUCCACCAUCACGCCAUCAAGAGUUCCCAGGGCCAGCUGUCCCACAGUGUCUCAUCAAUGGGCAUGAGGGGCCUCCCCCAUUCCUUCUCCUCCUCCUCCCAGCUGCAGAGUGCGGUGGCGGCGGCAGCCUUGGUCACCCGGCCAGGUAAGCACGCCCAUGUUCCCCACCGUUCUGUCCAGAGUUCAAAGGUGAGCAGCAGUGGAAUCGUCGGCGGCAGGAUUAUCAGCGGAGGCAGUGCCUCAUCCACUGCAUGGAAGAAGCAGAGCAACAGCAACACAGGAGUGACUAUGGCCUACGUGAAUCCCAGCCUGACCGGGCACAAGACGUCGGCUACUGUGGACGCUCGUCAGAGGGAGUACCUGCUGGACAUGAUCCCCUCUCGCUCGUCCCUAUCGCAGACUGCAAACACAUGGAAAUAGUACUCUUCUAUUACUCCAUUAGAUCCUCAGCUCCAAUAAUAAGGUCAACAGCACCCCCUGGCGGACUGUUAACCAAAUACAGUUUCUCAAAUUGGAAAAAAAAAAGAUCCUUCCUUACUCACUCUUUGUUGUUUUAGUUUUCUUAUUUUCUGUUGUUUAUCUUGAGGUUCUUUGGUUAUGGUGCAGAAAUAAUUUUUGAUUUGAUUGAGGCAAAUAAGGAAAAACAAAUACUUGAAGGGCUUCCCCUCUGGGUACCUCUGUCCUGCACAGCGGGCAGAUAUAAUAAAAGUAAGAGGUUAUGUCAGCAGUGAGUGUGCUGAUAAACACGAGGACUCUGUUCUUUCUGCCAUGAUGUGGGUCAAACUGACCAGACCUUUGACACUUGAAUGGUUAUAGUCAUACCCAGGAGUUUACUUCCAGAAUACAUUUAUCAUAAGCAAAAACAACUGAGUUGUAAAAUGUUCAGUACAUCACCCCUGUAGUUAAAGGUUUGACUUUAUUUUGUAUUUACUUUAAGUUAUUUUGACUGAUGUUAAAAAUCACUCUGUAAAUUGUGGUUUCCACAGAUAAAGAGUUAGUUCUAGCUUUGUAUUUUUUUUCCUCUUCCUGUUUAACAGCAUGCCUCCCCUUAACCUCUCUGUUCAUUUCGCACCUUAGCUGACGAAGCAUGGUGUUGUUGCUUAAUUCAUCUGUAAUUACCAUCUGUAUUUUGCUUAUUUUAUAUCCGUGUCAACAUUGUAAGGUUAUUUUUGAGUGUUAUGUCAGUGCUGAAAUAAUGCAAACAGAAUUUGCCACAUUGGAGCCAGUGACCUUGCCUCCAAUUUUUACAACUUUAAUCCAGCAUAUAGAUGACUCUGAAUCCGUUGUAAUCAGGAUCAUCUCCCUGGUCCCGAGACCCUGGAAAACACAAGACCAUUUUUUAUCUUGUACCUCUCGACGUAUUGCAUAACUUCUCUGCUUCCCGAUCUUAAUUGCAUUGUACAAACUUAUGUUAAAAUUUAUUUGGUUUACUUUUUCCUAGCUCCUAAAGAAAUAAUAAAAAAUUACCAAUUUUAAA